AUGAGCAGCGUCCAUAGUCAGGAGAGUGACGUGGUAACGGAAGAGUCUGCUCAGAAGCAGCUCAAAACCGGUGGCUCUGGCAUGGGAACUCCAACGCGAACAUCGUCCAAUAACAGCAACAAAUCUACGAUAACAUUCGAGAAACAGAAGGUGAUGCCCCGAAUGCGCACACAUUCGGUUCAGAGUGUUCUUAGCAGCAUAUCACUACGUAGCAUGAUGGGCGCACACCAAGAGGAGCAGAGUGAGCAUUCAAACGUCGGCAGUGCAGUGCCCGCCGGACUGAACGCAACGCAGCAGAUCCAGUCUCCUGCGAUGGCCUCAGUACGCAAGCGAACCACAAGUCUCAACAAUGGUGAUGGAAUCGGGCAGAAGUUACCCUUCACAGACGACAAGCGCCGUCAACUGGAACUUGAGGCGCUUGGGCAAGGGAGGUUUUCUAAACGCGGUCAGAGCUCCACUCAGGUUGCAACGCUUGGCUCGAGACAAGUACCUUGUGUGCGAGAGGGUGAGAGGGUCAGUACCAAAAAGGGCAGUUUCGCGGAUCACGCGCAAGAUAAGAUAGAUUCUAGUGACCCUGUUGCCACUGAUGUUAAUUCAGCCGUCUCGUCCUACGAGGAUGAUGCGGAGGACGACGAUCCCGCGCAGCAAAAGAAACUCACCACCGAUGCUCUGCGAAAGCUGUCCGCUUUCAAGCGAAUCAACACAGAAGCACACACUUUCCCAACUCCACAACCAUCUGACGACAGCUUGGUGGGAGAAGAGCUGACGCAGAUUCCUUUUGGUGGCAAGAAUAUAAUUCUUGACUCUUCAAUUCCGUCCAAUAAGCGUGGCUCAAUUGUAACUGUGAAGCAUCCAGGUGAUAUUAUGACGCCUACCAUCGACUCAUCGAUGAGAAGCAAGUCUAAAAGACCCAUCAGACAGAUUAAUAUGCCUAAGAAACCAUUGUAUACGCCUGCGGUUUUGCGGGAUGUGUCAGAGACGAAUAUAACGAAUGCGGAGUUGAACGCACAAACUCCGCAACCGUUACCCAUUCAUACUACAGCAGGCCUCACGUCGCGUAGCAGUGUUAAGAGCAUGCAGUCCACAACAUCCUCGAUAAUAUCAGAAUACACAAAGAGACUCAGUUCGCGUUGGGGGAAAUCGCCUUCGUAUAUCAAGACACCAGAAAUCACGCCUCCUACGAAAGACCAUUGGGUUCCUGAUUCUAAACGUCAUGCUUGCCAUUAUUGCCAUAAAAUCUUCAGCUUUUGGGAGCGCAAACAUCAUUGUAGACAUUGUGGGGACGUUUUCUGUUCUCAGCAUGUACGGCACUGGUUGUAUUUAGAUCCGAAUGCUCAGUUUGUGAUUGGAGGUGCUGGUAUAGGUGCUUUAUCCAAAAUAUGCGAUGGUUGUCUGCAAGAAUAUGAAACUUUGGUCAGAGGAGGUCCAUCCUCUGAUGCAGCACCACAGAAGAAUAAUUUUGAAACCACGCCGUCACCUAUGCCGGGCAUCGAUACGCAACUGGAACAGGCUGAGCCCACAAACCCAGAAAGCAAACAAAGAGAGAGGAUGGACAGUAUUGUAGGUAGUGUUCCCGCUGAUUGGAAUUGGAGUAGUUUUUAG